GCCGGAUGUGAGGUGGACGCGUGCUUCUGGUGUGGGCAGAGCCGUUCCCUUAAGCAAGAUGGCGGCGCCCGUCUCCCUUCAGCUGGAGUUUGGAGGUGGAGCAGAACUCUUGUUUGAUGGGAUAAAAAAGCACCAGGUGACUUUACCCAGCCAGCCUGAACCUUGGGAUGUUCGGCGCCUGCUCAUGUGGAUUAAAGAGAACCUAUUGAAAGAGAGGCCAGAGUUGUUUGUGCAAGGAGACUCUGUGCGGCCGGGAAUCUUGGUCCUCAUCAAUGAUUCUGACUGGGAGCUGAUGGGGGAGCUGGACUACCAACUCCAAGACCAGGAUAAUGUGGUUUUCCUCUCCACCUUACAUGGGGGUUAGAUGGCCGGAGGAGCCAAAAAAGGACAUUUUUUAAGAGAGAG